AUGGCGCGUGCUGUGAGAUCCAUGCCUCAGCGUCGAGUGACCCGAAGCCAAAGCCGGGAACUCGAGGAUUCGGUGCAGGAGCGAGGCCCUUUGAAAAAUGCGGAGAACGGAAGAUUGCCGACCAAGUCCCUUGCCCCGGUGAUUGAGCAAUCGCCUGCCUCGCGAGUUCCUGAUGCUCCCAGCAAUGAGGAAGGCAACACUAACAUUUCAGGGACAACGUUUUUGCCGCAUGAUUCUGACUCUGAAGAUGGGGCACUUGACCCCGUUGAUAUGGUUGAUGAAGUGCAAGACCUUCAACAAGCUGCAUCGCGUGUUCUGGACCUGGUCGGCACCGGCUCCUCGGAUCCUAAAGGCAUUGUCGAGGCAGUGAAGCUCAUUGCCAACCCGAUGAACACGGUCAGCAAGCGGCUCAAGCGUUCCUUGAAGAAGUUGGUAGACAUCAUGAAAGUGUUCGGAAACCAAGCCUUCAUUGAUGUCGCACGAGUCAAAACCAUGAUUCCCAGUGUGACUUUAGGCGAUGAGGAUAAAGUAUGGAGUCCGAUUCCGAUCUUGCAGAAAGCCAAUUGUGCUCGCCUGGCCCUUGAUGUGAUAUUGGCCAGCUCCGGCUCCCAAACACCUCGCCAGGUUAUAGAAACUCUGGAGAAACACUUUCCUUUGCCCUUUAUGGACAAAUUUGUCAAGAAGAGCCAAUCCUUGCAACCUGGGUUUAGUGUUGCUGUUAAACCGACCUUCGAAUUGGCGCUCGAGAUUCGUACUCAAUACUUCAUCACUGAGCUGGAGAGAUGCCAAGGGGAAAAGGGCUUCGACCCCGCCGCUAUCCUGAAGGGGGUUUUUUACGACGAGCUCGCCCUGGAAGACGCCGAUGACUCUCCCAUCGACCCUGGCUCGCUUCGAGGAUUCAAGCUUGCUCCUACUUUCGAAGACGAGAAUGGAUGUCUACCUGACAAUUUCCAGGAUGAUGUCAGUGAUCUAGUCAGCGAGCUAGAGACAUAUCUUUUCGACGAUGAUGGCGCUGCUAAUAUACAGGGCCUGAAAGCUGUUUUUCCCUGGCAGCGAUUCUGUCUUCGCACAGCACGAUUCGUCCACGCCAGAGACAAAGAGGUCAACCAGCAGCUAUUGGCGAUGCCAAGUUUUAGUGAUAUCCACGACUCCCUUGUGGACAAAAUUGAGAACCAAAUCCAUGAAAGCGAUAAUCUUGUCGCCCAAAAAAAUCUCCAGGAACAAUUUAUCGAUUCAAACAACGAGACCGCCGUAUCUAGCGAUCAUAUUGUUAGCACACCAGAGCAAUCCAGAACAGUGUUCUCUCCGGCUCAAAUUCACGGGAACCAGAGUGCUCCUCGAGAACGUAGUGCUGCUGUCAGGUCUUCCGUGCAGAGUCGUCGGGUAACUCUUCCACCACGUGUUCAAGAGGGUAGCCUCGCUCAUAGCUCAUCGCCAGCCGGCCAGAAUAAAGAGAAAAGGAAGAAGCGACAGUCUCUUCGGGAAGAGAUGGAUGAAUUUGCUGAAUUCUUAAGAGCCCGACGUGACUCUGAUCGUGACUCCCAUCAUCUCAGUUCUCCCGCAGCUCAGGCCGUAUCGGAACUCCAAGCCGCAACGCCGGAGGCGAACAGAAGAGGCUAUCAUGUUCCCCGUGAGACCAGCAUCACUGCAGGCCGCACUGAGAUUGCUGGUACUCCUGAGCCCGAGCCUGAGCCCCAGCAGUUGACUCCCAGGCCAUACAAAAACACUCAGGGUGACAGCCCCGCAGUAAAUCCCAUUGACGAGGCCUUGAUCUUCGGCCCACCAAGUGAGAUCGAAGUAUCGGCCAGUCCCGAGGGCUCCGAACGAAUCAAUCGAGUCAGCCAUAAUGCAGGCAGGUACCUUGUUUCCCCCCAACGAGGCCGAUACUUCGACUCUCCGCAAGCCAGUCGAACUCGGGCCAGCCCGCGUCGUACAAUUUUCGAUCGCCAGCCAAAUGCUUCUAGAGUGAUCUUCUCGCCGGACGCUCCAAACGCGGAGACGCCCCGCGCUCCGCCCGAUCAAUUGGCCUCCAGAAAACGAGGGCGCGUGGAUUCCGAGGACGAGGGGAGUGAUGACGACGCGUUCACCCAGGACACCGCCAUUCAUAAUGUUGCCGAGCGGAGAGCUCAAAAGCCACCGCAGGCUCGCCCAACCGAAAAGAGACCGCGGGUUGAGGAUAACGUGUCUGUCGAGAUAACGCAGCGGACACAAGCAAGCGACCACCGGAGAUCGGCUCCUCAGGUGUCAACCCAGGUUGCUUCGCCCCCGGCACCCGCUGUUGCUCAUGAUUAUGCACCCCCUCCAUCAUCGUCCAGAUGGGCUGACCACAUUGGUACCGGGGCCAUAGCUCGCGGGGGCGGAGGGCGGUGGACGCAAGCCGAAGAAGACCGUCUCAUUUUUCUCGCUACGAGACACGGAACAGGGUGGGCGGCGAUCAAGCGUGCGGAUGACAUCUGCCCGGAGUCGGAAGGUGGUCCCUUGUUGACUCAUCGGACACAAGUCAAUCUCAAAGACAAGGCACGAACAAUCGUGAACAGAUGCAUCCGGAAUGGAGAAGCCAUCCCCGUCGGCUUCCAUAACAUCAAACCUGUCUCGAAUUAA